CGUUCGGAUGAUUGUUUGGUGGGACUCACACGAGAAGACUCGAAUAUGUAUUUGUUAGCUAAAGCGUAGAGCAGCGCUGCUGAGGGUGUUUACUAUUUAAAUCUCUAUGUAGUAAGUUUAAAGAUGCAAGGUUUGACCAAUAUAGAGCGUAACGGCUGUAAAACAAUGUUGGGUCUUCUGUCAAAAGGAGACAUCUUGUCCCUUACUGACACAGUCACCAAUAAGAUGAUUGCUGCGGAGAGUGUCACAGAGGCUGUGGAGGCGAUUCUUUCAUACUCAAAUUGUGCAGAGGAACUGUUGAAACGAAAGAAAGUACACCGUGACGUCAUAUUCAAGUAUCUGGCAAAGGAAGGCGUCGUCAUACCCUCAAACAGCGAGAAACACCAGUUGAUCAAGAAAACAUUAGAGUUCUGGUCAAACGCUACAGUAAAAACUGAAAAGGUCGUCUUUAGUCAGAGCCCAGACACUGAAGCAGAGCAAAGGGUCUCAGUGACAGCUGAUGUUGCGGGGGAAGCUGUCUUUGAACCGUUAGCCUUGGCACGACAGUUCUGCCAAUGGUUCUACCAGCUCUUGAACAGCCAGAACCCCUCUCUGGGCCAGCCACCUCAAGACUGGGGUCCACAACACUUCUGGGAGGAUGUGAGGCUGUGCCUUCUCACCAGCAUCAAUGGGCAGCAGACGGAGGAGUUCCAUGGUUCUGAGCUGGCCAGUCUGCGCCUGUUAGCCUUGACCAGGGAUGAGAAGCUCCUCCUGAGCCCCAACCUGGAGCCCCAUGGCCUCAGGGCUCUGUCCUCCCCCCAUGGCCUGGUGUUGGUGGCUGUGGCUGGGACUAUCCACAGAGACAGAGCCUGCUUGGGAAUCUAUGAGCAAGUCUUUGGUCUCAAUUAUUGUAGUUGUUCUCACUGAAGAGAAAAAACACACAAAGAGAAGUCAAGUUUCAUUCAGUUUAAAAUUUGAAAUGUGUUCUCAUUAUUAAGGCUGUGGAUAACUAAGUUACACUCUUUCCAAAGAAAAUAUUUGCAGAACAUGACCUUAAGUUACCUUGCCAAAUUGCCACUGUUGGUGACGGUAUAUGCCUUAAAGUAUAUUACAAAACAGUAUGUGGACUGAAGUCACUUAAUGCUUUAGUGGUAAGAAAUUAAAUUCAUUGUAAAUAUGCACAAUACUUUAAGCUGAAAUAACACUGCUGAUAGCAUUACAAAAUAUAUCCAAAUAUGAAAAACAGCACUCCCAAUUACGUGCUUUCUUUCAGCUUAAGUUGGAUUGACAGUGAUUUUCCAAAAUGAUCAAAGGAGGAGAGCCAGCCUCGCAUUAUUGGCUUAAAAGUAGCAGGAUGUUCCAAAACAUGUAGUUUGACAUUCCACAACAGCACUGAGCUGUCUAUCGCUAAAUAUUUCUCAGAGGACCCCAUUAGCUUAUACACAAUGUUUAUAGCGGACAAAACCUUUAUUUUUUUACUGAAAAAAGCUUACGUAUUGUACAUUUACCGCCACAGUAAAUUCCGUGUCUGUGAAAACCUGCAUGGCAAUAAAAACACAUUCUGAUUCGGAUUUAAAUUUCAAACAAGUACAUGCUUUUGGAUUCAUUGCUGCCAUCUGCUGGUGAAAUACAUUGUCUGAUGUCAAAAGUACGUUGACUGAAUAACUUUCAGUUCCAUUUCUUAUACUUCAGAGUAAAACAAAAGCUACAGUUUCCAAGCUUAUUUCAAUAGCAAAUCAAUUGGAAUAUCAGAGUGCUUCACAUUUACAAGAUCAGAGUGCUGCGAUUUUUUGUCUUGA